CGUCAUGGCAGCAGCCGCCAGUGGCACCACCACCACAUUAACCACCACGGAAGGUAUCGUGACGGUGGGGCUCCGAGCUUUAAUUCAAAUAAACAUUUCGCUCAUCUGAACCUGAAGAGUGAAAAAAAAAACCUCAAAAUCAGCUACCGAAUUAAUUAAUUGAAAGAAAACCAGCACUCUUAUUCUUUGUCUAGAGUGAGUUUUCACAAUUUCUCCUCAGCCCUUAUCUCACCCAAGGUUUCAUGAGUCCAUUGUUACCGCGGGCUGUCGCAAGUGCAUCUACCCGAGUCCAUCUCGCCAAUCCACGUGCGGUAUUUAGAGGCUAUCCCGCUCCCAUAUCCAACGCCGUGUUCGCCUCUCUUAGCCAGAAUACGCAACACCGAGGGAAUUGCCAUUUAUCGCUCAUCCGCCCAGCAGCGAUCUUCUCACCAGUUACUUCGAAAACAAAACGAAAUCAAAGAACAAUAGCGUCGGCAGCAAUGUCUACCAAUCUCAUCGAGUCCGCUAAGCGGGCCGCGUGCCGGCAGGCCGUAGCCAAUCAUUUCAGCCCGGACUUUACCUACGUCGGCAUCGGUAGUGGUAGCACGGUGGCGUACGUGGUGGAAGCUAUCGCGGAGCUGGGGCCGUCCGUAACCGGCAAGAUGAAGUUCGUGCCGACGGGAUCGGGCUCGACAGCGCUGAUCCACAACGCGGGGCUCUCGGUGCUGCAGGUGCCGGACCUACUGCUAGAAGUAGACUUCAACCCCGGAUCCGCAGACCACCAACCCAUCGACAUCUACUUCGACGGCGCAGACGAGGUCGACGCCGAGCUCAACUGCAUCAAGGGCGGCGGUGCCUGUCACUUCCAGGAAAAGCUUGUUUCUCGCCUGUCCAAGUCUUUCAUCUGCGUCGCCGACAGCCGCAAGAAGGUCGACCGUCUCCUGACUAACUGGACUUACGUCCCCGUUGAAGUAUCCCCCAUGGCCAGCGAGUACGUGCGUCGCGAGCUAUUACGUCUGGGCAGCACCGAUCCCAAGAUUCGGACCUCGGGCCCCACCUCCAUCCGCACAAUCACGGAUAACCACAACCACAUCAUCGACGCGCCGUUCCCGACGCUACUGCUGAAUAGCGAGGCUGACAAGUUGGACCCUGCCAAGGGACUCUGGACGCCGGAUGCUUUGCUGGCGCGGAUUAAGAAGAUCUUCGGUGUUCUCGAGGUGGGCAUUUUCUCUGGGCUGAACGGUCCGCAGGUAGCGCAGCUGGGCACGGAUAUAGAAGGAGUGAAGCCUGUGAAGGUAUACUUCGGCACGUCGGACGGCAAUGUAGAGACGUUAGGUUAAAUACGACGUUCAGGUUAGGAGACCGGAUAUUCCGGAGCUGCUACAAAAUUUGGGCUACGUCCUGUUGUCGCUUAUACGAAGAUAAAAGCUAGUCAGGAUGGCUUAUAGACGUUUAAAACUGUCGAAAAAAAAAUCUACUGUGGCACAAGUAUAUAAAGCAUAGAGCUUGCUUCAGACCAUUUUAACGGCGCUUGAAUUGAAAUAUUGAAACCUGAAAAAGGUGAUUACAUAUACUAAACG